UCAGCUAGACGUCCUGCCUAGCGCGGAAGAACUUUGGUCUCUAAAAUGAAUCGUUGUUGACUGUAAAUAUAAAGUUUAUUUAUUUUAUUUUAAUCUUUUUUCCGCAGAAGUUGGAUGGCUUGGAUUGUAAACAGCGCAAAUUCUGAACAGUGAGACGUGAAAAGCAAGAGAAGCAGCUGGAUGAAAUGAUGCCCUCCGGGAGUCAGGAGUCCUCGCAGGGGGCCGGGGACCGAGCCGAGCCGAGCCAGACGUCCAGUAAAGACACGUCGUCCCUGGGCAGCAGCUCGGACCUCAGCGCCAACCGGGCACUGACCGUGGACCUGUUCAACAUGGUGGUCUGCUACAAGAGGAUGGGCAUCUUCCUGGAGCCGCUGACGGACGCGGCCGAGGUUCUGCGCUACCUGCUCGGGUGGAAGAUGCCACUCUGUUCUCUCUUCUGCUGCAUCUUUCUGAACGUCCUCUUCAUCACCCUGAGUGAAGCGGCUUGGUUCUGCCUCCUCCUGCUGGCCGUCUCCGCCCCGGCCGCGCUGGGCUACGUGGGCGAGCGGUGCCAGGCCGACUCCAGCGAGGCGGCGGUGCAGAAGAAGAAGCACCACGCCGUCCAGCGCCGGGAGCUAAACACCGUCCGCAUGAGCCGGCAGGACGCGAUGAUGGAGGUCAAGGGUCUGUUGAAGCAACUGGACGAGCUGCUCUCUCAGGCGUGUGUGUACGCAGAGUCCGUGUAUAAGAUCCUAUACUGGGAGAGUCACAUGACCUCCGGCGUGUUUUACGGCUUUCUGCUGGCGGUGGUGUGUCUGCUGUACACGGUCCCUGUGGGGUGGAGCCUCUCCGCCAUCAACAGCUGCGUCUUCAUCUGGAACAAGGAUUUCUGCCGGGUUCUGCUGCAGGUGAAGGAUCGCGUCCACUCGUGUCCGGUCCCGCCCGCCGAGGGGGAGCCCGAAAAGUGCGACAGCAUCUCCAGCAACCCCCCUGAUCGGAGCCCCACCCCCACCAGUCUGGAGGACCUGUCGCCGGGGAGCGUGGAGGAGGCCGAAGAAGCCGAGCCCGACGAGGACUUCAAAGACGCCAUCGAGGUGUGGCCGGCGGUGUACGGGCUGACCAGAGCCCUGUGGAGGCGCGCGAUUCGCAAGGACGACGACGAGGCGGCGGCGGCGGCGGCGGGCGGCGGCGACUACGACUCGGCGUCCGACAACGGUCUGCUGAGCAGGAACGAGCCCAUCCGCAGCAGGGUGUCCAAACUCACCGAGAGGCUCCGCAAGCGCGUCCCCACCAACCCCACCGGGAACUGUUCCAGCUGUGCCGCGGCGUUCUCCGUGCUGAAGAAACGGAGGUUCUGCACCAACUGUGGGGUCAGUUAUUGUUCCCGCUGCUGCUCCUACAAAGUCUUCAAAUCCAGUAUGGGGGCCACGGCUCCGGAGGCCCAGAGAGAGACGGUGUUCGUGUGCGCCCCCUGUAACGCGGCGCUCAGCACCAAGCAGGACCUGCACCCUGUGACGCCCGCUUCACGUCACCACAACUGAGAAGAUCCGGGAGGGUUUCUGGUCUUGCCCCUCCUCGGUUUGGUGUUUCCCUCUAAAACAAUCCAUCCAGACUCGCUCGAUCCAGCUGUGUGCUGGUUGAGCUGUAAUGGUAACGGUUAACACCACCUCCGAAGUCAUGUGACCUCCAGCCCCAAUCGGCUUGUUUGGAAACUGCGUCUCCGGAAUUGCUGACCGCUGUGACAUCGUGUUCUACAGUCUGUCCUUCACUCUUACUAGUGACCAUUAGUGACCACUCUAGCUGCUCCUUUCAUGUUGUGUUCCAGAAGCUGUGGUGUCCACCGUGACGUCAUGUUCUAGACCUGAUAGUCCUUCCUUUCACAUUGUUUUUCUAGAAUCUGCGGUGUCCACCAUGACGUCGUGUUCUAGAAUCAGUAGCUGCUCCAUCCCAUAUUCAGUUCUAGAAUCUGUGGUGUCCAGUAUGACAUUGUUCUAGACCCAGUAGUUCCACUUUUCACAUUUUGUUCCAGAAUUUGUGGUGUCCACCAUGACGUCGUGUUCUAGAAUCAGUAGCUGCUCCAUCCCAUAUUCAGUUCUAGAAUCUGUGGUGUCCAGUAUGACAUUGUUCUAGACCCAGUAGUUCCACUUUUCACAUUUUGUUCCAGAAUAUGUGGUGUCCACCAUGACGUCGUGUUCUAGAUUUAAUAGUUCCUCCUUUCCACCAUGACAUUAUGUUCUAGAAUCAGUAGCUGCUCCUGUCAUAUUCAAUUUGAGCAUUGGUGGUGUCCAUCAUGAUAUCAUGUUCUAGACCCAAUAGUUCCUACAUUUACAUUGCUUUCUAGAAUCGGUGGUGUCGGCCAUGUCAUCAAGUUGUAGACCCAGUCUUUGCGCUGGUUAUAUACAACUCUAGAAUCUGUGGCGUCCACUAUUAUGACGUGUUCUAGAAUCAGUAGCCGCUCUUACCAAUAUUCAGUUCUAGAAUCUUCGGCGUUCACCAUGUUAUCAUAUUCUAGAUCCCAUUGUUCAUCCAUUGACAUUGUAUUCCAGGAUAUGCGGUGCUCACCAUGACGUCAUAAUCUGGAAUCAGUAGCUGCUCCUGUCAUAUUCAGUUCCAGAAUCUAUGGUGUCCAUCAUGAUGUCAUGUUCUUGAAUCAAUAGCUCCGUCAUGUUCUAGACCCAAUAGUUCCUCAGUUCACAUUGUUUUCCAGAAUCUGUGGUGUCCACUGUGAUAUCACGUUCUAGAAUCAGUAGCUGCUCCAUCCAAUAUUCAGUUCUAGAAUCUGUGGUGUCCAUCAUGACAUCGUUCUAGACUCAGUAGUUGCUCCACCUAGCAAGUUCCACCUUCUACUGUACAUUGCUUUCUAGAAUCUGUGGUGUCCACCUUGAUAUCAUGCUCUAGACCCAGUCGUUGUUCUGGUCAUAUUCAUUUCAAGUCUGUGGUGCCCACCAGACCGUCAUGUUCUAGAUUUAAUAGUUCCCCGUUUCACAUUCAUUUCCAGAAUCUGUGGCGUCCACCGUGACGUCAUGUUCUAGACUCAAUAGUUCCAAAAAUGUAUAUAUCUUUCCAGAAUCUGUGGUGUCCACCAUGAUAGCACAUUCUAGACCCAGUCAUUGCUCUUGUUAUGUUCAGUUCAAGAAUCUGUGGUGUCCACCGUGACAUCAUCGUAGACACUAAAGGUUUCUCAUUUUACAUUGUAUUCCAUAAUCUGUGGUGUCCACCAUGACAUCAUGAUUUGGCAUCAGUAGCUGCUCCUUCCAUGUUCAGUUCUAGAAUCUGUGGCAUUAUAUAACGUAAUGUGACAAAAUGUUUUAGAUUUAAUAGUUUCUCCUUUCCACAUAGUCAUAUUCAGUUUGACCAUCGGUGGUGUCCACCGUGGCAUCAUGUUCUUGAAUCAAUAGUUCCACUAUGUUCUAGACCCGAUCAUUCAUCAUCAUGAUGUUUUAGAAUCAGUAGCUGCGCCUUUUAUAUGUUCAGUUCUGGAAUCUGUGGUGUCCACCUUGUCAUCGAGUUCUAGACCCGAUAGUUCCAACUUUCAUGUUCGUUUCCAGAAUGUGGUCUCCACCAUGACGUCGUGUUUCUAGUUUCUCCGUUCACGUCGUGUUCUAGAAUCUGGGGUGUCGUCACGCUACCACUCGUUCUCUGUUUCGGUUACCAUGGUGAGAUUCGCUCCUCUGUUACGUGUCACGAUGUUGGUUUCCUGACACACGCUGAUAAAAUAACACACGAUCCAGCUGGACAUGCGAUUCUGGGUCGUUUUGGAGGUUUCGCGUCUCGGACGUUGUCCCAGUCACUGGAAUCGCUUCAGUGGUUGGUCCAGCACUGAGGUACCGGUCAAUUCCAGUCUUCUCUUCUGCAGGAUGUGAUUGUGAUGAACUUCAUGGUUUUUGAGGUGUUACGUGUCCUGAUCUCGCUGUGUUUCCUUCUACUGUACCUGUCACAUGACUGGCUGCUAAUUGGUUCGUGGUCAUGGCUCGUCAACCAAUCAUUAAUAUAAUUAUGUCGUGUUUCUGCUUCCUGUUCUAAUCUAAUGAAAUUUUAUUUAUAUUUAUAUAAACAUAUAUAGAUUUAUUUAUACACGGAUGUAUUAGCGGUGGUUUAUAAUACACGUUUUAUUCAUUUUUAUUUGAUUUUGUGACGGUUUCAUGUGUUUUUACUCCGUGUGGUGGCUCCUCUGUAUUAAACUCGCUGUAAACGUGUCGGAAAAUAUCAAAGCAAAAAUAAUAAAAACAUUAAACCUUA